AUGGAAGAUUUAUGGGAAAAUGUGAAAAAAUUACUAAAAAAUAAAUGUUUUGCUGAUUACUCUAAAAGUUAUGAUCGUUGCCCAUUGAUUAAACUUGCUAAUCAAAUGAACGGUCCUCGAAUGCGACUAAUACAUUGGUCAAUACUUGCUGAAAUUCAACGAAUUCCACAUAGUAAAGAAAAUUUAGCUGUUGAUGCUUUAGAAGCAAUUGAUAAAUAUGGUGCUGGAAUAUGUGAAAUUUUUAUGGUUAGUCAUCGAUGGUUACGACCACGUCUUAAUUCCAGUGAAUCUCAUCCUGAUUCGAUUGAUAACCAGAAAGCCAAAGCAAUAAAUGAAUUUACUAAAUGGAGACAAGAAUGGGUAGAAUUAAAACAUGGUUUUGUUCCAGAAAUUUUUUAUUGGAUUGAUUUUUGUUGCAUUGAUCAAUAUGAUCUAGCAUCAGCUAUACCAUUAUUACCAAUAUGGGUGGCAUGUUGUGAACGUUUUUUAAGAAUUGAAACAUCAGAUUAUUCUGAAAGAGCUUGGUGUAGAUUAGAACCUUUAUUAUCAUAUGUAUUUCAAUUUGCUGAUCAUCAUACGAUCAUACAUUUAGAUUUCAAAUAUUCAUCCACUAAUUUUCAAUAUGGAAAAGAAAAACAAGUAUUAAUUCUCGAUCCAUUAGAAGGAAAAAGUACAGAUGAAGCUGAUUUAGCAAAAAUUAAGCCUAUUGUUGAUUUGACUAAAACUAUUCAAAUUAAAAACGAUCGAGAGAAAGUUGAUUUCGGAUUGACAACAAUUAAAUGUUUUCAGUUGUAA